CUGGCUCUUCCCGUCUCCAUUCGCGCGGAGGACCGCGAGCGCCUGGAGCUAGUCCAGGUUAGGUAUGGGGCGCCGGGAUCCUGGUCCCGGAUCAGUGGGGCCCCUCGCAGCACCCUCGCAAUUAACCCUACGUCUCCACACCCUCGAGUGACUAGUUUAGUCUCCCUAUAACCCCCGGCGACGAGUCCGGCAGCGUGCCCAUUCUUCACGCAGCGCCGGGAAGGACUUUCGAAGAGUUGGGAAUUCUACUUGCAAGCCAGCACCAAGAGGGCAAAGAUUUUUGCCUGUAUUGUUCCUUGCUGUGUCCCCAGUGCCUAGAAAAGCAAAUGACAAUGUGGCUGGAGGUGGGGGGCCUACUACGGGGGACCUGUGGACAGUGGGGCCGGACUACUGGUCUGCCUUGUGGGGCCCUGGGGCCUGGGCCCCUCUGCUGGGGGCCAUGUGGGGGUCCUUGGACCCAAAAGCUUCACCAGGAUGGGCCUGGCAGGGGCCUGGGUGAGGAAGACAUUCGCAAGGCACGGGAGGCCCGGAUCAGGAAGACAGCCCGGCCCCAGCUGAGUGACCGUUCUCGAGAGCGCAAGGUGCCCACCUCCCGCGUCAGCCGCUUGGCCAACUUUGGGGGACUGGCUGUGAGAUUGGGGCUGGGAGCACUAGCUGAGAUGGCCAAGAAGUCCCUGCCCGGAGGACGUGUACAAUCAGAGGGAGGCUCCCGGCCGGGCUCCAGCUUUUUCCUUUCGGAGGCCAAUGCCGAGCGGAUUGUGCAGACCUUGUGUACGGUUCGGGGGGCUGCCCUCAAGGUUGGCCAAAUGCUCAGCAUCCAGGACAACAGCUUCAUCAGCCCCCAGCUGCAGCGCAUCUUCGAGCGGGUUCGCCAGAGCGCCGACUUCAUGCCCCGUUGGCAGCUGCAGAGAGUUCUGGAAGAGGAGCUCGGCAAGGACUGGCAGGCCAAGGUGGCCUCUCUGGAGGAGGUGCCCUUUGCUGCUGCCUCAAUCGGGCAGGUGCACCAGGGCGUGCUGAGGGAUGGGACAGAGGUGGCCGUGAAGAUCCAGUAUCCAGGCGUCGCCCAGAGCAUCCAGAGCGACAUCCAGAACCUGCUGGCGGUGCUCAAGAUAAGCGUGGCCGUGCCGGAGGGCCUGUUUGCAGAGCAGAGCCUGCAGGCCUUGCAGCAGGAGCUGGCUUUGGAAUGUGACUACCGUCGUGAGGCGGCUUGUGCCGAGAACUUCAGGCAGCUGUUGGCAGACGACCCCUUCUUUCGGGUGCCAGCUGUUAUUCAGGAGCUGUGCACGACGCGGGUGCUGGGCAUGGAGCUGGCUGGAGGGGUCCCGCUGGACCAGUGCCAGGGCUUGAGCCAGGACAUCCGGAACCAGAUCUGCUUCCAGCUCCUGAGGCUUUGUCUUCGGGAGCUGUUUGAGUUCCGAUUCAUGCAGACGGACCCCAACUGGGCCAACUUCCUGUAUGAUGCCUCCAGCCACCAGGUGAUCUUGCUGGACUUUGGUGCAAGCCGGGAAUUUGGGACUGAAUUCACAGACCAUUAUAUCGAGGUGGUGAUGGCUGCAGCCAACGGAGAUAGAGACCGGGUCCUGCAGAAAUCACGAGACCUCAAAUUUCUCACAGGCUUUGAGACCAAGGCAUUCUCGGACGCCCACGUGGAGGCCGUGAUGAUCCUGGGGGAGCCCUUCGCCACCCAGGGCCCCUACGACUUUGGAGCGGGUGAUACUGCCCGCCGUGUGCAGGGCCUCAUCCCUGUGCUGCUGCAGCACCGGCUUCGCCCACCGCCUGAAGAGACCUAUGCCCUGCACAGAAAGCUGGCGGGGGCUUUCCUGGCCUGUGCCCGCCUCCAUGCCCACAUCGCCUGCCGGGACCUCUUCCAGGACACCUACCACCGCUACUGGGCCAGUCGCCAGGCAUAGCCACUGCCCGAAGCCUCCUAACCAGAGGGAUGUCUGCUCCAACCCCUCAGAGACUCCAUCUCGGGAUUCCAGCCCCAUAGCAGGCCAUCCCCUGCUCUGAGGCCUCCUUCCCUCUCUGCUGCAGGUCUGGGGACCCACCUUGGGCUUGGGACUAGGGAACUCCAGCUUCAUAGCCCCGUAUCCUGCUCUCCCCACUCCAAAGGGAGCAUCCAGGAACUCCACCCAGCUAUUAAUUUAUGUCUGCCAACAUGUGAGAGAGCCUUAGGCCCCUCCGCACUGCCAUUGUGGAGAUCAGACUCACCUAGACGGGGAGCCCCUGACCUCUGCGUCAGGUCUCCCCCAGAUGUGGCCGGUGUUUGAAUCUUUGGUCCUAAUAAAAGUGGCCCUCCCCUUC